CAUCCACCUCACCUCACCUCUGCUCACCUCACUUCAACCCCAGCUUCCGCCAGGUCAGCCCAGUCCCGUUACUUGGACUUUUAGCCCUUCCCCCGACCGUUUUUUUUUAUCUCCCUUGCGAGCAAUCGUUCCUGUUCCGUGCCGUUGGAGCAGCACCGGCAAGCUCAGCACAAACACAGCGACGACGGACCGAUCCACGCGCGCAGAGCAGGACCACUCCGCCACCAUUCCAUCGCUCGUGACCCCGCCGACCGCAUCGUCCCAUCAUCACGGGUACCUGCUUCCCCUCCACCACCCUCGAGCCGCGCUCGCCCGCCGCCGCCGCCGCCGACAACGACGACGCCCCUCGACGACGCAGCACACAACACAUACUGCGCCGCCUUGCCCUGUUGGGGUCCUGUGAUCGGUACAGCGACGACGACGACGCUCGCGCGUGCUGGACCCUGCUGCCUCCCCACCAGCCCACCUCGUUCCUGCAGCAGCGCCUGACCACCACGCCGCCCAUCUGUUCGCCAUCACCGGCCCUCGCUUAGCCCUGCUGCAGCCCAACCGGCCUGACACCCUGCGGGCUCAGUGCGACCCGUUCUCUUUGUCUUGCUACGGGACUCGAUAGUCGGACUCUCUAUACCACACCCUUCACAUUUCCCUCUUGUACCCCAAAAAGACGCUUCCAUCAUGGCGUCUGCAGUCGACGAUUCCCCUGCCCACUCGCCUCCCCAGGGCCACGAUGCGAAACGCCCCAAGGGCAUCCUCAAGAACCCCUCGCAUACCCACACGUCACCCCCUCCGGCCGCCGCCCCGCCCCAGACGCGGGAGCGCUCCAUGUCGGGCCGGGAAAUCACCCUCGCCAACACGCAAAUCAACGCCGGCCGCCGGUCCUCCUCCUCCGCCGGUCGCCCGCCUGGCUCGCGCCGCCAGUCUGCCGCGAGCAACAGCGCCGACGGGCUGGCCGAGUCGUCUCAGCGCCUCAAGUGGGACGAGGCGAACCUCUACCUGACGGAGCAGGAGCGCACCUCGACCAUGAAGAUCACCGAGCCCAAGACGCCCUAUGCGAAACAUUACGAUCCUGCAGAGGACCCGUCCGACGACGAGGACGGGGGAGAAGCCGCGGCGACGGCGUCGCAUGCCGCGGGGCCGUCGGGGACUGGCCAUUCUGACCUGGCGGCUGGUGGUGCUGGCCGCAAGGCUCCACGCGCGCGUGCUGAGGACGACAUUCCGGGCCUUUCUCUGGGCGAACCGGAAGAGGAGGUCCCAGAAAGCCGAGCUCCGGCGUCGCCGCCGACUGGCGAGGAAGGCGGCCAAGGCUCGCACCCGCACCCGCACCCGCACCCACACCCGCAUCGGCGCAACUCGAGCGAGAAGAGCGUGCACGUCGAGCCGCGAAGCGUCGCCCCCAGCGCCGAAGAGGAGGUGGUGGGCCUUUCGCCCGAGGAGCGCGAGAAGCACAGACGCUUCGAGGCCGCCCGCAAGAAGCACUACGAAAUGAAGAAUGUGGCGGAGCUGCUGGCCCACCCGGAGGCCAUCGACGAGGACGAGGACAAUGACGACGUGCCGCCCCUGCCCAAUGGGUCCGCGUAGCCGGUCGGUCGUGCCUGGACGUGGUUCCGGAGACGGCGCCGGCUUGGGCGAUGCGUGGGGAGUAUACAUCCCCCAUGGUCGCACGACGAACACGGCUGCUUGGCUUUGAUACGAUGGGGGGACACAUGUCUUUUGGUCUGGCGUUUUGCGUCUGCGUCUGCGUCUGCGGGCCCGCCCUCGGGACACGCACGCAGCACUACCUGAGAUUAUCACUAUCGAGCUGUGGAGUUGACGAUUGCUUUUUUUGUGGCAGAAAUUGCGAUGUGAAGGAGGAAGAAGAAGGGGAGGGGAAAGACGAUUGCAGAGAGAGAGAGUGUGGUAGAGCGAGCUUCAACCACGAGGAGCAUUGUUUGCACAAGAAACUUGAGUCUGUCGACGACGACCUGGUGGGAUUGCUCGCUACCGCCUUUUGUGGUGUGCGGCCCAUCGUGUUUGUUGUUUGUUGCGCCGAUAUUCGUAGUAUACAUAGAGGACCUCCCGUUAUAUACCAAUACGCCGUCUCCUCC